CCCCCUAAGUGCUGUUGCUGAGGGAACAGACACUGUUGGUGAAAAAAGCCCUGUUGCAGAUUUUAUGCUAAGAAGCAGACUGAAUGCCUAUCGAAAUACUUUGAAAAGGCAGGGGGGAAUAUCCCCACGUUUGUGUUUAGGAUGAGCAUGGAAGAUUAUGACUACCUAUUCAAAAUUGUACUGAUAGGAAAUGCUGGUGUUGGGAAAACCUGUCUAGUCCGACGCUUCACUCAGGGCCUUUUCCCCCCUGGACAAGGGGCUACCAUAGGAGUUGACUUCAUGAUCAAGACUGUGGAGAUCAAAGGGGAAAAAGUAAAGCUGCAGAUCUGGGACACAGCAGGCCAGGAGCGUUUCCGUUCCAUCACCCAGAGUUACUACCGGAGUGCCAACGCACUCAUCCUCACCUAUGACAUCACGUGUGAGGACUCCUUCCGGUGCCUUCCAGAAUGGCUGAGGGAGAUUGAGCAGUAUGCCAACACCACAGUGGUCACUAUUUUAGUCGGCAAUAAGAUCGACCUCGCGGAGAAGAGGGAAGUCAUGAGACAGAGAGCUGAAGAGUUUGCGAACUCCCAGAGCAUGCUCUAUCUGGAGACCUCCGCGAAGGAGUCUGAUAACGUGGAGAAGCUCUUCCUGGAUCUGGCCUGCGAGCUGAUCCGCGACGCCAAACAGAACACGCUGGACAACAAUGACACGGCCAACGCUAUGCCAGGAGAGGGGAAAACCAUCAGCUACCUGGGUUGCUGCAGCACCAACUAGGUCCGAUUCUAGAGUGCCGGGUCGUGUUCAUUCCUGUUCAUAAGGGCACAACACCAACGAGGGGGGGGGGGGUUCUUAUCGGACAGAUUUAGCUCAGUACCUUCCGCCUACCCUCUGUUUUUUGGAACGUUUUCCUUCCCAAGUUGAAUGCCAAUUGAACACCACCCUGAACUGUACUCUGGCCAUGCAGCUGUGCUGAGUGCAUUACGACGUCGACCUAACGCAGUGGAAUGGAGAUGACCGGAUGCCUCUGCCUGUUUUGUCCCGGACUUCAUGGUGCCACUUGUCAGUCACUCUUUUGAGAGUCCCUCCCAUGGCCUUUUUUAAAUUAUCUUCAACAGUAUUUUCUGUCCAAUCACCACCUUGUUGUUUUAUCCCUCUGUGGGAAUAGAAAUGUUCAGAGGAUGUGAUACAAGAUGCUGCCACUAGAUGGGAGUACAUAACCUCAUGUCCCUGGUGCAACGGGAUUGAACAGACUGUACUAUAGGUCUUGUUGCAAGCUGAUGUAAUAUAUUGGGAUUUUAUUUUUGUUUUUUUUUCCCCAAAGGAAAUCUGAGGAAGGUUAAAUGUACACCAUUCAUUCAUUCAACGGGGGAGGGGGGGGGGGGGUUGUGCCUCCUGUCCUGUGAUUUGGUGGGUAGAUUAAAAACACGAAAAUCCAGGAGGAGCUACCACCCAGCACCUGAUUCUCAAAAGAACCACAAUUAUUUCCUCACAAACAGGACAUGUACGGCCCAAUUCAAGUUCUUUAAUUUUGUCAACAACAAUUGAUCUGAAUAAGAUUGAAUAGAUAAAUGUGUGUGAAUCCACCCAACCACUUUUAUAUAUAUAUAUAUAUAUAUAUAAAACAAAUACAAUUCAAACACUUAUGCAUUUAAAUAUUGACGCAUGCUACAUGAAAUGGUUUGUUAGUUAGCUAUUGUAGCGUACCUAUACAAUGCACAACAUUAAUAUAUAGAUAUUAUAUACCCUUUCGAUUUAGGCUUCCUCAGUUGACCUAUUGGUUAUUGAGUAAUUGAUUGGGGCCAUUUUUUUUACAGUAUUGAAAGAAAUGAAAAGCCCAAUUUACCAGAAGUGAUCAAUAAGGGUUUUGUGUUUAUUCCUCAUCAGUACACUUUAUGUCCGAGAAGAUUAUAGUAAAAGUUAAAAUUCCUUCAAGUAGCAAACACCCAGUGUGGGUUUAACUAAUUUCAAACCUUAUCAUUAUUAUGAAAUUGAUUGCACAAGUCAUUUUGUCUCUCGGCUCAAUUUACUCGCGUGUCAAACGGUGUAUGUAGUAGUUACGCCUGAAUACAAUGUAGAGCUGCAUGAUAAAGAAAGCAGUCGUGUGUGUGUGUGUGUGUGUGUGUGUGUGUGUGUGUGUGUGUGACAAAGAAAAACAGUCCUUCCAUUUCUCACCCAACUCAUCUUUCUGUUACUACUUUCAUCGUGUGUGUGUGUGUGUGUGUGUGUGUGUGUGUGUGUGUGUGUGUGUGUGUGUGUGUGUGUGUGUGUGUGUGUGUGUGUGUGUGUAUCCCACGCUAUCCUCCAUGUAGUCUGUUCUCUCUACUUUUGACCACAGCCCUAUGAGCCCCUAUGGGCUCUGGUCAAAAGGUAGUGCGCUAUUAUAGAGAAUAGGGACGAUGCUGAAGUAUUGUUUUUGUCUGAUUUUGUCUCAUGAAUGAUGAAUGAUGUUCAUUUCAGAUAAUGUACCCGUGUCUAUGACUAAACGUAACCAUUCCCUUAAUGUAUUUGUCUGAUUGUUUGCACAUGUUAUUACAAUGGAACUGUGAAUCUAUAUUUUUAGUUUAAAAUAGAUUCUCAACAUUUUACCUGCUGCUACUUUGUUUUCACAUUUUCAUGUUGUCUAAUAUGAAAAUCAAACUCGUACUCAAGAAUAGAUUAUAUUUAUUCUUCAGUUAAACAGAAUUCUGUAUCGCCAAUUGUAUUUUAUUUGAUGAAUGCAUUGUUACUUGAUAAUGCAUUUAAUAAUGCACUACAUUAACUAUUCAGUUAACCCAUAGCCUCUAGUUAGCUGCACGAAAAAUAUAUUUAAACUUUUUCAAGUGUUAAAACACUUAGUUCAACAUUAAGUUCAAAAUGUAUUUGUUUUCUUUGCAGUUGAUUAAAAAAAAAGGGGCAAUCUGCUGUUUCUAAAUACAUUGUUAGAUUUAAAUGAGUGUCAGCUGUUUUCCAGACAUCAAAAUGAAUCUAAUAUUAAGAUGAGUCCAUGACAUCUCAUGUGAUCUAUUGUGAUUUUUAGAGUGACCAAUCACAGGAGAUGUGAAGUAUUAUGUGGGUUAUAAUUUUUUCCGUUGGGGGUUGAUACAUUUUUCGUUAGGGCAACUUGAGUCUGAAACUUCAAAGUGGAAAUGACUAACUUUUAGAAGCAUUUUUAAAACGUUUGCAUUUGCAGGAAAAUUCUCAGCAACAAAAGAGUGAUCAAAUUAAGAGACUACAUCUGUAGUUGAUUGCCCAAUGUUUGCCGUGAUUUGAAAGUGUCAUGCAUUCUAUAUUACCACAUUUCUCUUUGAAAGCAAAACAUUUUCGAGUUUUAGUUUUGUACACAGAAUUAUUUGUAGCCUGGGUACCAGUCUGUUUGUACUAACAUUCCACCCCUUGUACUCCUUGUGGAAUGUUGUAAUGUUGGCAUAAAACAGGUCUGGAUUUCAGGAUAAUUUGUGCUGUAUUCCAUAUUCUUAUGCUUUUGGUGUUAUCUUACAGCUCCUGCCAUAUAUUUGAGUGUCUUCUAGCUUUAUUUUAUAGACCUGAUUGCCAUGGUGUACUGUUGUUACACAGCAUCAUAAUCUGCUGUAUAUUGAUAGUGUAGUUUUAAUAUUUCAAUUUCUUGUUUGUAGUAACGCCUGUAUUUUAACUUAGCACUUUGCUUUUAUAUAUAUAUAUAUAUAUACUUUUUUUUGUCCUCCUGUCUCGUACCUUUUCUUCUUCUAUGGUCUAGACUCGAGGGAGAAAUACACAGUAAAAUACUUCAAUAGAACAGUACAAUACUUCAAUAGAAUACAGUAAAAACCUUCAAUAGAAUACAGUAAAAACCUUCAGUAGAAUACAGUAAAAACCUUCAGUAGAAUACAGUAAACCUUCAAUAGAAUACAGUAAACCUUCAAUAGAAUACAGUAAACCUUCAGUAGAAUACAGUAAACCUUCAAUAGAAUACAGUAAAAACCAAUAGAAUACAGUAAACCUUCAGUAGAAUACAGUAAACCUUCAAUAGAAUACAGUAAAACUUCAAUAGAAUACAGUAAACCUUCAGUAGAAUACAGUAAACCUUCAAUAGAAUACAGUAAAAACCAAUAGAAUACAGUAAACCUUCAGUAGAAUACAGUAAACCUUCAAUAGAAUACAGUAAAAACCAAUAGAAUACAGUAAAAACCAAUAGAAUACAGUAAACCUUCAAUAGAAUACAGUAAACCUUUAGUAGAAUACAGUAAACCUUCAGUAGAAUACAGUAAACCUUCAGUAGAAUACAGUAAACCUUCAAUAGAAUACAGUAAAAACCAAUAGAAUACAGUAAAAACCAAUAGAAUACAGUAAACCUUCAGUAGAAUACAGUUGAGAAAGAGAAGCAUCAGGAUGUUACAUGUAAUUUGGAUAUGACUUGUUUUUCUUUUAUGUGUACAAAAUAAUACCUAAGGCUAUCCUGUAUUACAUUAAAUAAUCACACUAAACAUGA